AUAGCAUUUUGGAGUGACACGAUAAGAGCAAGAACAUGCAGCUCAUCUGCAUCUGGUAAAUUCAAAGAUGAAAUCAUCCCUGUUUCUACCAAGGUUGUGGAUCCAAAAACUGGAAAGGAGAAGCCUGUUACCAUUUUUGUGGAUGAUGGAAUCCGUCCAAACACAAACAUGACAGACUUUGCAAAGCUGAAGCCUGCAUUCAAAAAGGACGGGACAACAAUUGCUGGGAAUGCUAGCCAGGUGAGUGAUGGUGCUGGAGCUGGAGCUGGAGCUGGAGCAGGAGCAGUUCUCCUUAUGAAGAGAAGUUUGGCUAUGCAGAACGGACUUCCUAUUCUUGGCGUUUUCAGGCAUUUGCAUCGCAAUGUAUAUUGUGGUAAGAAAUUGGGGCUUGAUCCUGAGAAGGUCAAUGUUAAUGGAGGUGCAAGGGCUCUUGGGCAUCCUUUGGGUGCUACAGGUGCCCGGUGUGUUGGUACUCAGUUGCAUGAGAUGAAGCGUCGCGGCAAGGAUUGCCGCUUUGGUGUAAUCUCUAUGUGCAUAGGCACGGGCAUGGGGGCUGCAGCUGUUUUUGAAAGAGGUGAUUGCGUAGAUGAGCUGUGUAAUGCUAGAACAGUCCAAAGGAACGAUCAUCAAAGGAUGCUCAAUAGAUGCCCGUUUUGUAUCUUUCUAUUUUGUACUCAGGCCAAGGCUUGGUAGUAAAAAAAUAAUCAUAUCACAGCUGCAGAUUGCAAAGGAAUAAAUUUGUCUAACAUCUU